GGGUCGCACUUCGAACGCCCACCCUCUGUUGCAAUCGCACUCCCCUUCUCCUCCCCUUUCCCCCCUUUUUUCCCCCCGUAAAUGUGGAAGGCUUUGCCUUGUGCUGCCGCGCCUCCGAUCGGCAACCUCUUCCCCCGUUGUCGGAUCGGCUGCCUGCCCGCCCGCCUGCCUUUUGAAUUUUUUUAAAUUCCAUAAUGACACCUGCAAUUUCGCCCUAAAAUAGUUGAUUGAAUGCGAUUGUGUCAGGAAAGGACUCUUGCACCCGAAGCUCCCGCGAUUGUAAACAUCGACAGCCGCCUGCCUCUCGGGGCUUACUAUGCUGGAGAGCCGUAAAGCCAUUGCACCGAGCCGACGGAAGGCUGAACUCACGGGAAUCAAAUGGCGUAGGUACAAUUUUGGAGGGCAUGGGGACUGUGGACCCAUAAUUUCAGCCCCAGCCCAAGAUGAUCCAAUUCUGUUAAGUUUCAUCCGCUGUCUGCAAGCUAACCUGCUUUGUGUAUGGCGUCGUGAUGUCAAACCAGAUUGCAAAGAGUUAUGGAUAUUCUGGUGGGGAGACGAACCCAACCUAGUGGGUGUAAUACAUCAUGAACUGCAGGUUGUGGAAGAAGGACUCUGGGAAAAUGGCCUUUCCUAUGAAUGUAGGACGCUGCUCUUCAAAGCGAUCCACAAUCUGUUAGAAAGGUGCCUAAUGGAUAAGAACUUCGUUAGGAUUGGGAAAUGGUUUGUCCGUCCCUACGAAAAGGAUGAAAAGCCAGUCAACAAAAGUGAGCAUUUGUCCUGUGCUUUCACAUUCUUUCUGCAUGGAGAAAGUAAUGUAUGCACAAGUGUGGAGAUUGCCCAGCACCAGCCAAUUUAUUUGAUCAAUGAGGAGCAUAUACACAUGGCUCAGUCUUCACCUGCACCAUUUCAAGUACUGGUAAGUCCUUAUGGCUUAAAUGGGACGCUAACAGGCCAAGCAUACAAGAUGUCAGACCCAGCCACUCGUAAGUUGAUUGAGGAAUGGCAGUAUUUCUACCCGAUGGUGCUAAAAAAGAAAGAAGAAUCGAAAGAGGAAGACGAGUUGGGAUAUGAUGAUGAUUUCCCUGUGGCAGUUGAAGUAAUUGUUGGUGGUGUUCGGAUGGUUUACCCUUCAGCAUUCGUUUUGAUCUCUCAGAAUGACAUCCCGGUUCCUCAGAGUGUUGCCAGUGCUGGAGGCCACAUUGCAGUUGGGCAGCAAGGGCUUGGUAGUGUGAAGGACCCAAGUAACUGUGGGAUGCCUCUGACCCCUCCCACCUCUCCAGAACAGGCUAUCCUAGGUGAGAGUGGAGGUAUGCAGAGUGCUGCCAGUCACCUGGUUUCCCAAGAUGGAGGGAUGAUAACUAUGCACAGUCCAAAGAGAUCGGGGAAGAUUCCUCCAAAACUCCACAAUCAUAUGGUCCAUCGAGUCUGGAAGGAAUGCAUCCUCAACAGAACCCAGUCCAAGAGGAGCCAAAUGUCAACUCCAACUCUUGAAGAAGAGCCUGCUAGCAAUCCUGCUACUUGGGAUUUUGUGGAUCCAACCCAAAGAGUCAGCUGUUCUUGUUCCAGGCAUAAGCUUUUAAAACGUUGUGCAGUCGGGCCCAAUCGACCUCCCACAGUAUCUCAACCAGGGUUCAGUGCAGGACCAUCAUCAUCUUCAUCUUUACCACCUCCUGCUUCUUCUAAGCACAAAACAACAGAAAGACAGGAAAAAGGAGACAAGCUGCAAAAGAGACCCUUAAUACCAUUUCACCAUAGGCCCUCUGUGGCCGAAGAAUUAUGCAUGGAACAAGAUACACCAGGACAGAAACUAGGGUUGGCAGGGAUAGACUCCUCCUUAGAGGUGUCUAGCAGUAGGAAAUAUGAUAAGCAAAUGGCCGUGCCUUCCAGAAAUACAAGCAAGCAAAUGAAUCUGAAUCCUAUGGAUUCACCUCAUUCCCCUAUAUCCCCUCUGCCACCAACACUCAGCCCUCAGCCACGAGGUCAGGAAACAGAGAGUUUGGACCCACCAUCGGUCCCUGUGAAUCCAGCCCUUUAUGGAAAUGGACUAGAACUCCAGCAGUUGUCUACUCUGGAUGACAGAACUGUCCUCGUAGGCCAAAGACUGCCUCUCAUGGCAGAGGUCAGCGAGACAGCCUUAUAUUGUGGGAUUAGGCCCUCGAACCCGGAGUCAUCAGAAAAGUGGUGGCAUAGUUAUCGUCUCCCACCCAGUGAUGAUGCUGAGUUCAGGCCUCCAGAGCUCCAGGGUGAGAGAUGUGAUGCCAAAAUGGAGGUAAACUCAGAGAGCACUGCAUUGCAAAGACUCUUAGCACAACCUAACAAACGGUUUAAAAUCUGGCAAGACAAACAGCCCCAGAUGCAGCCACUCCACUUCCUUGACCCAUUGCCUCUAUCACAACAACCUGGAGACAGUUUGGGAGAAGUGAAUGACCCAUAUACCUUUGAAGAUGGUGACAUAAAAUACAUCUUUACAGCCAACAAGAAAUGCAAACAAGGGACGGAGAAAGAUUCCCUGAAAAAGAAUAAGUCAGAGGAUGGAUUUGGUACCAAGGAUGUCACUACACCAGGUCAUUCCACGCCGGUGCCUGAUGGGAAAAAUGCCAUGUCUAUUUUCAGUUCUGCUACUAAAACAGAUGUCCGGCAGGAUAAUGCUGCUGGCAGAGCUGGCUCCAGUAGCCUUACGCAGGUAACAGAUUUGGCACCUUCCCUGCAUGACUUAGACAACAUCUUUGAUAAUUCUGAUGACGACGAACUUGGGGCUGUAUCACCUGCUCUGCGCUCAUCAAAAAUGCCUGCAGUUGGGACAGAAGACCGACCUCUUGGGAAGGAUGGAAGAGCUGCUGUUCCUUAUCCACCAACAGUUGCAGACUUGCAAAGGAUGUUUCCCACUCCACCAUCUUUGGAACAGCAUCCUGCAUUUUCUCCUGUGAUGAAUUAUAAAGAUGGGAUCAGCUCAGAGACAGUGACAGCAUUAGGCAUGAUGGAGAGCCCUAUGGUCAGUAUGGUUUCAACACAACUCACAGAAUUCAAAAUGGAAGUGGAAGAUGGAUUAGGAAGUCCCAAGCCCGAGGAAAUUAAGGACUUUUCAUAUGUGCACAAAGUUCCAUCCUUUCAACCUUUUGUGGGAUCCUCCAUGUUUGCUCCACUGAAGAUGUUGCCGAGCCAUUGUUUGCUACCUCUGAAGAUACCUGAUGCCUGUCUGUUUCGGCCUUCAUGGGCAAUUCCUCCUAAAAUUGAACAACUGCCCAUGCCCCCUGCAGCCACUUUCAUUAGAGAUGGCUACAAUAACGUGCCUAGUGUUGGGAGCCUAGCAGAUCCAGACUAUCUGAACACACCACAGAUGAACACACCCGUGACGCUGAACAGCGCUGCCCCAGCCAGCAAUAGUGGGGCAGGAGUCCUACCAUCUCCAGCAACCCCUCGCUUCUCUGUCCCCACACCACGAACCCCCAGGACCCCAAGAACUCCCAGAGGUGGGGGCACUGCCAGUGGUCAAGGGUCUGUUAAGUAUGAUAGCACCGAUCAAGGAUCACCAGCCUCCACCCCCUCUACUACACGGCCCCUCAACUCUGUGGAGCCCGCCACCAUGCAGCCAAUUCCCGAAGCCCACAGCCUCUAUGUUACCCUGAUUCUCUCCGAUUCCGUGAUGAAUAUCUUUAAAGACAGAAACUUUGACAGCUGUUGCAUCUGUGCCUGCAACAUGAACAUCAAAGGGGCUGAUGUCGGGCUUUACAUCCCCGAUUCUUCCAAUGAGGACCAGUACCGCUGUACCUGUGGGUUUAGUGCGAUUAUGAACCGCAAACUUGGCUACAAUUCAGGACUCUUCCUUGAAGAUGAGUUGGAUAUUUUUGGGAAGAAUUCUGAUAUUGGUCAGGCUGCAGAGAGGCGCUUAAUGAUGUGUCAGUCCACCUUCCUUCCUCAGGUGGAAGGAACCAAAAAACCCCAGGAGCCACCCAUAAGCCUUCUCCUCCUCCUCCAGAAUCAACACACACAACCUUUUGCUUCACUGAAUUUCCUGGACUACAUUUCCUCUAACAAUCGCCAAACUCUUCCCUGUGUAAGCUGGAGUUAUGACCGGGUGCAAGCAGAUAAUAACGAUUACUGGACGGAAUGCUUUAAUGCGUUGGAGCAGGGGCGGCAGUAUGUGGAUAACCCCACUGGUGGAAAAGUGGACGAAGCUCUGGUGAGAAGUGCCACUGUGCACUCUUGGCCUCACAGCAAUGUGCUGGACAUCAGCAUGCUCUCCUCCCAGGAUGUGGUUCGUAUGCUGUUGUCCCUGCAGCCCUUUCUCCAAGAUGCCAUCCAAAAGAAGCGCACGGGCAGGACCUGGGAGAACAUCCAGCAUGUGCAGGGACCACUCACUUGGCAGCAGUUCCAUAAAAUGGCAGGACGGGGAACCUACGGUUCGGAAGAAUCUCCUGAGCCGUUGCCCAUCCCCACUCUGCUGGUAGGCUAUGACAAGGAUUUCCUCACCAUCUCGCCAUUCUCCUUGCCGUUUUGGGAGAGGCUCUUGUUGGACCCAUAUGGGGGCCACCGUGAUGUUGCCUAUAUUGUGGUGUGUCCAGAAAAUGAGGCCUUGCUCGAAGGAGCCAAAACUUUCUUCAGGGACUUGAGUGCUGUAUACGAGAUGUGUAGGCUUGGGCAGCACAAGCCCAUCUGCAAAGUGCUACGUGAUGGGAUCAUGCGCGUGGGAAAAACCGUGGCACAGAAGCUGACAGAUGAGCUUGUGAGUGAGUGGUUUAACCAGCCUUGGAGCGGCGAGGAGAAUGACAAUCAUUCCAGACUCAAACUUUAUGCGCAAGUUUGCCGCCAUCACCUAGCACCUUAUUUAGCCACUCUGCAGCUUGAUAGCAGCCUAUUGAUACCACCUAAAUACCAGACCCCACCAGCAGCAGCACAGGGACAAGCUACGCCAGGGAAUGCUGGGCCCUUAGCUCCAAAUGGAUCAGCAGCUCCCCCAGCUGGCAGUGCAUUUAAUCCCACCUCGAAUAGUAGUUCUACAAAUCCUGCAGCAAGUAGUUCUGCAUCUGGUUCCUCUGUGCCACCGGUCUCAUCGUCUGCCUCUGCUCCUGGUAUUAGCCAGAUAAGCACUACCUCUUCUUCAGGAUUCAGUGGUAGUGUUGGAGGGCAGAACCCCAGCACUGGGGGCAUUUCUGCGGAUAGAACGCAAGGGAACAUAGGCUGUGGCGGAGACACUGACCCUGGGCAGAGCUCUUCUCAGCCCUCACAGGAUGGACAAGAGAGUGUUACAGAAAGGGAGAGAAUAGGAAUUCCCACGGAGCCUGACUCUGCAGACAGCCAUGCCCACCCUCCAGCUGUUGUCAUUUACAUGGUGGACCCGUUCACGUAUGCUGCAGAGGAGGACUCCACUUCUGGGAACUUUUGGCUGUUGAGCUUGAUGCGCUGCUACACAGAAAUGCUGGAUAAUUUACCUGAGCAUAUGAGAAAUUCUUUCAUUCUCCAGAUUGUGCCUUGCCAGUACAUGCUGCAGACAAUGAAGGAUGAGCAAGUUUUCUACAUUCAAUACUUGAAGUCCAUGGCAUUUUCAGUGUACUGCCAGUGCAGGCGACCACUGCCUACACAGAUCCACAUUAAAUCCCUCACGGGAUUUGGGCCUGCAGCCAGCAUUGAGAUGACCCUCAAGAACCCUGAGCGGCCCAGCCCAAUCCAGCUUUACUCCCCUCCCUUUAUAUUGGCCCCAAUCAAAGACAAGCAGACAGAGCUGGGAGAGACGUUUGGUGAGGCGAGCCAGAAAUACAAUGUGCUCUUCGUGGGCUAUUGUCUGUCUCACGACCAGCGCUGGCUUUUGGCUUCCUGCACUGACCUCCAUGGGGAAUUAUUAGAGACCUGCGUUGUAAAUAUUGCUUUACCAAACAGGUCACGGAGGAGUAAAGUAUCUGCACGUAAAAUUGGACUACAGAAGUUAUGGGAGUGGUGCGUAGGGAUUGUCCAAAUGACAUCUCUACCCUGGAGAGUUGUAAUCGGGCGACUUGGGCGUCUUGGCCAUGGGGAGCUUAAAGAUUGGAGUAUCCUCCUUGGAGAAUGUUCACUACAGACAAUCAGCAAAAAGCUCAAGGAUGUGUGCCGGAUGUGUGGAAUCUCUGCCGCAGACUCUCCUUCUAUCCUUAGUGCCUGCCUGGUUGCCAUGGAGCCCCAGGGGUCCUUUGUAGUGAUGCCAGAUGCUGUCACAAUGGGCUCUGUUUUUGGCCGAAGUACUGCACUGAACAUGCAGUCAUCUCAGCUCAACACCCCUCAAGAUGCUUCUUGUACACACAUCUUGGUGUUCCCAACAUCAUCAACCAUCCAGGUGGCUCCAGCCAACUACCCCAAUGAAGAUGGGUUUAGCCCCAACAAUGAUGAUAUGUUUGUUGACCUUCCAUUCCCAGAUGAUAUGGACAAUGAUAUUGGCAUAUUAAUGACUGGGAACCUCCAUUCCUCUCCCAACUCUUCCCCAGUACCCUCCCCAGGCUCUCCUUCUGGAAUUGGUGUGGGCUCUCACUUCCAGCAUAGUCGGAGCCAGGGUGAGCGUCUUCUUUCUAGAGAAGCACCAGAGGAGCUAAAGCAGCAGCCCCUGGCCCUUGGGUAUUUUGUAUCAACUGCCAAAGCUGAGAAUCUUCCCCAGUGGUUUUGGUCAUCAUGUCCCCAGGCUCAAAACCAGUGCCCUCUCUUCUUAAAGGCUUCGCUGCAUCACCACAUUUCAGUAGCACAGACAGACGAACUUCUGCCUGCCAGGAAUUCUCAGCGGGUUCCACACCCUCUUGACUCCAAAACCACGUCUGAUGUUUUAAGGUUUGUUUUGGAGCAGUACAACGCUCUGUCCUGGCUCACGUGCAAUCCGGCCACCCAGGACCGUACUUCCUGCCUUCCCGUCCACUUUGUGGUGCUCACUCAGUUGUACAAUGCCAUCAUGAAUAUACUUUAAUUGGAAAAGCACUUGUUCUCUCUGGCUCAGUUCCUUCUCCCUGCAACCUCAGUCCAAGGAACCUGCUACACUCUGCAAAUAACCCACAUCAUUUUCUUCAGACCACUCUCCACAGUCCUGCACUGUGAUUCCUUCUCAGCAGGCACAUGUCAAUUCUGCAGUGUUCAUUACCAGAGUGACUCCUUGACACUUCUCUCAUGGACCUGGAAACUUCCAUAAGUGGUGACUUUCAGCCAGUGCGGUGGUGUGUGUAGCCCCAACCACUGGUCCCCAGGAAGUGGUGGUGGUUGAUGGCUUUUCAGCGGGAAACAGAAGAGACAGUGUCCUUUUGCACAAGAGUCUGUGUUUUCAGCCUCUGUAUACAAUUGAGGGCAGUCUAGCCCUUUGGAUGAAAUCCUCUAGUUACUGGUGUAUGGCCUGUGGGUUACCUGAACUCCAUAAUCUGGGACUGUUUAAAAAUAAGAACCAGCUCAAGUACAUGGUUUCAUACUGGGGUUUCUGUCUCCCUAGUGCUCCCAUCCAGAUUGGCAUGAGUGCUUUGGUUGACUUCAAACCUGUGUGUCAAUGCAGAAGGUCUGGAGACAGCUUCAUUUUGUUUAUUUAUUUUAAUUUGUUUUGUCAUAUGGUUUUUGUGACUUUAUUUUUUUAAUUCACAAGGACCAGGUACAGUAGCUGAAACCCAAUUCAGAUCCACCAUAGGAUUCUUUGACUACAUACCUCUGUCCUAGAAGCCGGAAAAGGAGUAAAAACACAUUGGGGAGAUCAUGCCUAAAAGUAAUAUAUUCAAAACCACCCAGCAGUAGGUUUUGUUAACAACAAACUGGAUUUUAAAAGUUCUGCCAUGUUAAGUGGCCAGCAUUUCAUGAAGGAUAACAUUUUUAUACAGAAGGCAGUCAAGCUCAACUCAGAGCCAUGGAGGCAAGUACCUUAAUUAGUUUUAUAUAGUCACAACGGAAAUAUAUUUUCUAGUGAAUUCUUAUCGGAAGCCAGGUCUCUCCUCUCAUUAGAUCAAAAGGGACUUAUGUACAUACAACAGUUGAAAGUGUUUGCUCAUGAAAUCAGUUAUAAAUAUGGUGAAUUUUUUCUGGACCAUAGGAAUAUUAUUUCAAAGAAAUAUUACAACUUAACCAUUAAAUUAGUACUUGAAGUUGAGCCUUUGUGGUGGGACUUUUUAAAAAAAUGCCUUUUUAAAGCAUUAAUGGCUAAUUGAAGUAUUUUAUGACUCCUCAUUCCUGGCCCAGAGGGUUGUCUUUGAAACCCUGUUUCUAACCCUUGUGUUAUGUGUUUCUGUCUGAGGACAGUGGGUGUGUACUGGCCUCCCGGGAGCCACUGUGACCAGGCCUUUGAGCUCUUGUCAUCUGUGGAGAGAAUCAUGCAAAUUUUAAAAGUUCUUCCAAGAGACUUCCAUGUCCUGGUUAUUAACGAAAAAGGAAAAAUGUAAUAAUUGAUAUGAUUUUGUAAAAGUAUUUUUCUUGAAAUAAUCUAAAGUUUAAAACAUUAUAUUAAAAAAAAAAGUUGUGUGGUGGGAAUGUGAAAGCAGAGAAGUAACUUGUAAAUGGAUAAUUUUGUUCUCUGUACCACCAAUUGAAGGGGGGGGUUGACUUUCGCAAUGUAUAGGAUAAAAAAUCUGAUAUAUCAAACCAUUUGUAUCUAAUGUGUACAGUGUAAAAUUGACUUUAAAAAUAUUGCAGUGCUAUUUUUUCUUAAUCAGAAAGGAAAAUUCUCAAGGCCUUUUGAAGAGCAUAAGAAGAUGAAGAUUGUAAACUUGUAUAAAAUUAUCUUGGUGAGAAGACAAAUUGUAAAGUAGAUAUUUGUAAUCUUUUACCACUUUGGGGUUGCUUUUUUCCCGGAAUUCAUCAGAACUUUGAAUUUUUUUUUUAAAUGGGCUGUUUUUAAUGCAGGGGCUUUUCUUCCCUAGAAACCCAAUUCUAAGCAGAAAAAGAAAAAAAACACAAAAAAUAAAAAACCCCUACAAAAAAACUUAAAAAAAAAAUGGCAGCAAAGGGUAGUUUUCAUCUGGUGUCUUUUAUUUAAGUUUUUUAAGUUAAGAAAAGCUGGUGACAUAUUUAUACGUUUUUGUGCAAAAAUAAAUGAAUGGCAAUAGAUUUUAAAAAAUCUUAUUAUGUACUUCUGUGUGAAAAAGUCUGUAUAAUAUUUCCCUUAAAUAUGCAUUAUUUUACUUGUGAGUUUUUUACUGAAUUAAUCUGAAAUGUACAAGCCCUGGAUUUGCUACAGAGUGAGAAGUUAUUUUAUUUUUUUUUAUUUUUAAUUUUGGAAAUUCUGCAGAAAUCAGAACUCUUACCAUGGUUUGAACAAAAAAAGGGGAAAUGGGGAGGGGAAAAGGGUGGGAUUGUCCAGCAUGCUUGUAUGUAUAUUUCAGAACCUUUUUUAAAUGUAAAAGCUGUACAUUUCUGGGAAGUUCUGAAUUUCUUUUGUUUCCUUUUUUCCUUCAAGCAUUUUGCAGUGAGCUUCUUUUAUAUAUAGCAAACAAUUUGAAAGAAUACAAAAAAUAUGUGAAGUUCAUUUAAAAAAAUAACUACAGUAUAGCGCUGGUACAGUACACUAAAAGACUUUGAUAAAAAGAAACAAUAAUAAAAGGCCUCCAUUUUAAAUGUCAUUCAUAUAUACCUUGUGGAUGAGAGCUAUAUACUUUUACACACUUUUUUAGAGGAAUAAAUUAUUGAAUUACUGAA